GAAACGCACCCUUCACUCGUGCGCCGGUGCCUCAAGUGUCAGGAGACAGUGUUUAACAGAGGUGAUUUACAAGACCUGAACAACUCUACCUACAGACCUGAUCAGUGAUUUUCAACACAAAGCCCUCACAUCUCAUGAGACUGGUUGCAUUAUGAGAGCACUUUACCUGUUCCUAUUGGUUUACCUACUGGGGAGCUCCUUUGCAGGAUCCAGUGCAGAGAGUAAUGGAGUAUGCACAAAAGAUGCCUGCACACAGGGCCCAGAUGCCACCUCGAACUUCUUACAGUGUGUGGGCCUGCCUCCAACAGACACGGGGGCAGAUGAAAUGCGAAAGCUGAAAGGAAUUCUUGAAGCCGCAAUGGAUGUGUACACGUUUAUGAAGUCAAGCAUGGCAAGCGGACCAAUUUUGAGCGUGGAGGGCGCUCUGGAAUUAGACUUGGCAGCAGACCCUCUACAGAAUCAAGAUCUGGUCAAGAUGUGGAUGGAGGUCAACAUGAAACCGCUGCUGAAAUCCAUCACCAAGCAGUUCUUGUCCUGUCUCAGCACCAGGAACUUCAGCUGCUCCACCUACCAGACUGUAGUGGAGGAGCUCAGUCAACACUAUUCUGAGAUGGAUCCAGUCAGGCAAAAGUGGAUCUACACAUUCUUUAUGUACCCGUUCCUGUCUUCAGCAACAGUUGAUGGCUGUGUGAGGCCAGAUGAGAGCAGUGCAGAAUGGCUGAUGAAGAACUUCGGUGCCUUCAGUGUCAUGGCCCGCUUGAAGGACUUUUCAGAGCUCAAUGUGGUCUUCAAUGGACUGGAGGUUCUUAACUUGUUGUCUCCAGCACAAAAGGCCGAGCUGCUCAUGAGCCCUUAUGUUGCCAGUUUAGACAAUGGCACAUUAGCUCUGGUCUUCCACAGUCUGCUAACAGGGGAAUCUGGCCCAUCACCCACUGAUGGCCCUGGAUGGGGUCCCAACUGGACAACCCCUGGGUACCCACCCUCCUAUCCAGUACAGCUGUCACAUAACCAUCAGCCAGGCCUCCAACAGGUCGUAAAUGGAUUCAUGUCAGCCUUCAAACCCAUCGGGAGCUUUGUUCAUAAUUUUGUGUCCUUCACACGUGAGAGAGAUCCGUCAAAUAUAAGAAGCACCACUUUGACCCAGUUCCUGCUCAACUGGACUCUGUCUGAGCUGGCUGGCAAAUACCAGCCAAGCGCACCUGUGGUCCCAGAGGGACCUCAGUUUGAUGUGACAAAUGUGGCAGACUGGUAUCAUUACGUUGUUAAGCCGCUGUUACGGAGGUUUUUGCCCGAUGAAGAACUCCUGAUGCAUGAAAACAUCACGCUCGCUUUCCAUGAAGUGUUCCGUCUGGACAACGGUAUGGACAAUAUGACGGUGAAUGAAAUCCAGGAUGUCUGUAGCAUCACCCUCGAUAAGAGCCCUUGCGGGCUGACCGAUGCGGUGGCAAACGUGGCUCAUGUCUUGCACUGCGCUGCUCGUAACAACCUGACCAUGACAGAAGCCGUCGUCUUGAAGCUGGUUCUAGAGCUGACUCAACGUCUGAACUUGCUGAUCAAGGAGCUCUCCACAGCAAACUUCACGCAGUUGGAAUCCGAGUUUAAGCAGAUCUUCAGCGAGUCAAACUCCGCAACUCUGACCCAGGAGCACCUGACGGACCCAGCCUUCAUCCAGCUCUGGUUCAAGGUCAAGCUGCUGCCCCUCCUGCCCAACGUACAGCCAGAGCUCCUCUCCUGCCUCAGCACCAAGAACUUCUCCUGCCCCGUUUACCAAACCCUUGUGGUGGCACUCAGUGAACGAAUGAACUUUUUGGAUGCUGAUCCGAUGUACAGCAGCAACAUCUACGAGUACUUCAUCUACCCCUUCCUGCUAAAUCACAACACCUCGGACCCCCAGUGUGUCUCUGCAGCUAAUAACAGCGCAGAAUGGCUGCAACUCAACUUUGGUUUCUUCUCAAGCUUUGCCUCUAUCAUUGACUUCUACAUACUCAACCCUUAUUUCUCUGGACUGGAGGCUCUUGACCUCCUGACUCCAAAUCAGACGGUAGAGUUGCUGCUCUUGACUCUCCCAACUCCACCAGAGAAAGACGUUGUCAUCAGUCAAGUGUUUAACUUCCUGACGGAGUCACCUGCAGCCAGGAAGUACCCAGAGGUCCUCAGCGCUUUGGUCAGGCUCGCUGGAAAGAUCAAUCCUUCCUGCGACAUCUACAAACAAAUCUUCACACAGCUCUAUACAGCCAUACCAUCUCUGCCUCCAGAAAUGGAACCAGUCACCUGGGCCACUAUAGAAGCCCUGAUAAACAUUGCACCUGUCGAGUGCGUGCCGGCGAACCUCAAGUGCCUGGUAAUCCCGCUCAAUGAAACUCACAGCUGUGCAGGAGUCAACAGCUCUGAUCUGCUGUCUUACUUGGACACCUUUAAUCAAGUUUCCUGCAACUUCCCCUUGGAGGAAUAUGCCUGUGCACAGCUGGACAACUUCACAGCCAAUCACCUGGCGUCUCUUCUGAUGUGUAAUCUUCCUGGGAACAGCGCUCACUCCAAAACUCUGUGGAAAAUCCUGCUCACGAAAGUCUCCGGCGUUUUAAACCCAGCCCUGGACAUCCUGGCUAACAUGCCGAUGCCCGUGAUUCCAUCAGCGUCACAGGUUUUGGAUGUGAUCGGAGAGAUCAGAGUGUUGCUGCUGACAGAUGAGCAGCUGCAGAACAGCGAAGUUAUCAACUUGUGGUUCUCAGACCGCCUGAGGAGCUUCUUGCCGUACGCAUCGGGAAUGUUUCUGCGCUGUCUGAGCAGCACAAACCUGACCUGUCAGUCAUACCAGGAAAUACUGCAGACGUUUAUCGGCCAGUUUAACCAGAUGACCUCAAACCAGCAGCAGUUGGUCUUGCAGGAUUUCAUACUGCAGUUCCUGACGCAGCCACGCUCAGAUUCCAGCUGUGUGUCUACCUCCAACAGCACUGCAGUGUGGAUACAGCAGAAUUUGGGUCCAUUUUCAGCACUUUUGUCCCUCACUCAGCUGAUCCAUCUCAACCCACAAUUCAACCCUAUUGAAGUCCUGACACUCCUGACUGCACAACAGAGCGCAGAGCUGCUGUCGCUUCCAAAUCUGCCGGACAAAGCCGUCAUUAUCAACGCGCUCUUUGAUUACCUGACCGUGUCUGCUGAGCAGAAUAAAUUCACAGAGUUCCUGACCAACCUUACCGUGUUCAUUCACCCGGAAAACUUCACUUGCUCUUCAUACAAAACGCUGUUUGCCAGACUGGACUUGGCCCUACCUGUGGUUUCCCUUGGCAUCGCUACAACUAUCACACAGACUAAAGAGGCUCUAUCCCACCAACUACCACCUGACUGCAUCAUUUACAGUGGACAGUGUAAUGUCAGCGUGGCAAAUGAAAGCGAAAUCUGUAUCGGACUGAACAGAACAGCAGUUCAGCUCAAACUCACCAGUGCGCAGACGAGCGGAAACCUCUGUGACUUGACCGUUGAUGAACUGGCUUGUGCUUCGCUGUCAACAAUAACAGCAGAACAGCUGGCAACGAUACUGAAGUGCAACCACUCCUCCAGCUCGAGUGGGUCCAGAUCUAUCUGGAAACUUCUCCUCUCCAAAACCUCUGAGGUCCUGGACCAGGCUCUGGAUCUGCUCGUCAACACGACUCUGGACACCAACAGCUCAGCAGUGUCCGUGAUUCUGGACACCAUACAAGAACUCCGAAUAGAUACCGUCAGCAUGGCCACCCUCAAUAAUCUAACCUUCAUCCAGACGUGGUUUGGCCGCCACCUUCGCCCAUUUCUGCCGGCUGUUUCACCUGACUUCCUUUCAUGUAUCACCACAAAGAACCUGACUUGCAGCUCCUACCAGGCCAUUCUGCAGAUUUUGAGUCAACUCCAGCCACAAUUAACGUUUGCCAGGCAGGUGUCUGUCUACACGCACUUCAUUAAGGUUUUCCUGACCAGGAACAACAGCACAGACCCCGCCUGCAGCUCAGGCAUUGCCACCAGUGCACAAUGGCUGCAGGUGAACCUGGGAGGUUUUGCCUAUCUUGCGACGUUCCAGGACAUUCAGACGAUCUACUCCAACUUCUCUGUGUUGGAUGCCUUGUCACAGCUCACGGUCAGACAGCUAGCCGAGGUGUCCGCAACACCUGGCCAGCUCACAACUUCUGAGCAAGUCAACAUGGUGAUGAAAUAUGUGCCUGACCAGUUUCUGGCUACCUUCUUUGAUAAUUUCUCACCUGUUAUCCUGGCUCAUGAAGACGCGUUCCCUUCAGUCGUGAGGUCAGCUAUGUUGCAAGUUGUGUUUGAUCGUGCAAACCUCUCCCUUCCUUCGGUGAGUGAUGCAGAGGUAUAUGUGUGGCUUACCUCCCGGCUGCCACCUCUGCUGGUACAACUUUCACCAGGACAAGUUGCAUCUUACUUCGGAAUACUGGCAGGAAGGAGCUGCAAUAUUGAGCAGCUGGGUGUACUGAACCUGAACAUGACUAUCUCAACGCUCAGCACAGACACACAGCAGAAAAUCUAUGGUCAAAUCCUCCAGACCCUCAGAGGUCCAACACCUCUCCGCUGCUACGGUGACAGCUACAACACCAGUUUCUAUGGUUUCCUGGAGCAAUCUUUCAUGGGUUUCCAGUUUCCCAACCUCACCGCCUUCCUGUCGCUCAUGCCUCCUGACAGAAUGCAUCUGAUCAUAAAUUCCAUCCCUCCAUCAGAGCUUGGGAAUUACCUACAACGUCCUAAUGUUGUCGACAACGACGCACAGCUCUGCAUGCUCUUAAACAGCUACAGCCAGACACCACAGUUUCUAGAAACUGAGUCUCUGCCGGAUGCAGUGAGGCGCUCCAUCCUGCCCUGCGUCUGGCCCGUGGCCCUCAACAGCACCCAAACGUCGGAGGUCGACGCUUGGUUUGACCGUCGCCUCAAGAACUACUUGCCCUUCCUCACAAAGAGCCUGAUCAGUCCCAGUGUCAUAAACAGCACCUCCUGCCUGGCCUUCCAAAAACUUGUCUCAGUCCUUGGGGUAUACAACUACACUACUGCUGACUUUGUGAGGGGAGACGUGUACAACGCCAUCAGGACUUACCUUUACGUCGGCUCAACCUCAAACCCAAAGUGUUACUUCCCCAGCAACCCACAACUGAAUUCCACAGCUUGGUUUGCUCAGUACAUCGGGUCUUUCGUCUCUUUCCUCACUCUGGACGAUCUUGCAACAUUUGGAUCUGAGUCGGUCAUUCAGGUCUUCACAGUGAACCUUCAGAACAUCGCUCUUUUCAACACCUCUGUCUUACCUGCAAACCUCACAAACUACUACACCACCCUUCUAUAUCAACAGGACAGCAACUUCAACCCCUUACUCCUUCCUAUCUUGUUUCGGUGUGUCGCUCCUGGUCCAGCAUUUACCCAACUGAGUCCAAGCGACAGUUUGAUAGUUCUGCAGAAUCUCACAGUUCUCUGUACGAACCUGGACCCACAAGUCACUGCUGCUUUGGUAGGUACCUUUGGUCAGAACAUUGACUCCACAGUCAUUUCUGCCCUCGGCAGCCAAAGCACCGGCAUGUCGCUGAAUCAGAUCAACUCAAUCAAACCCCAGGACUUAAUAAACUCCAUCAGCACUCUCUCCACUGUGACGGGCUGGAGCGAAGGUCAGGCCAAGGCCAUCAUCCAGUCUCUCCUGUCUUCAGGCGUGAUACAGAUCAACAACUCAUCAUCGCUGAUAAGUCUGGGCACUCUCAUCAUUGGUGUACCUUCCAGAGUGUUCUUGAGCAUCUCUGGUAAUCAGCUGAUAAGUGCCUCCCAAACUCCUUCACUGGUGGCAAACCUCCUUUCUGGUCCUCAGAUCAUCCAGCAGGUCUUUGUCAGUCAGAUCAUAUCAGUGAACACCAGCAACGUGCAAGUGAUCCAGAACGUUCCCGAUGACCUGGCCACUGAGAUCCCUCGAUCCCUGCUGGUGGACUUCUCCAGUAGCAACGACGUUAUCACCAUACUCAACAGAAAGAAAUGGAAACGGCAGCAGGCUGAAUUGUUCUUUGAGUCGUUAGCUACAGAGAGCGCCUCCGCACAGCUGGGAGGUCCAAACAAUUUGUCAUCCUCGGUGCUUCAAGGGUUCACAUGCACUGGAGUGAGGAACAUUAGCAAUGGGCAAGUCAAGAACCUGAUCAAAGCCUGUCGGAGGUCAGGCAGCAGGAAGGUUAAUCUAGUGGAGUCUCAGCUGACCUGCAUGUACACUUACAUCAAAGACGAUGCUGCCAGCUUCAACCUCUACCCUCCAGAUGUUCUGCUGUAUUAUGAUUACUCACUGGUGCCGCAGGGCAGCUGCAGGGCCUAUUUCACAGAGCUGGGAAAUGCAGACUUCUCUGUCUUCUCUGCAGCGCUCAGCUACAAGCGCACUGCCCUGUUUGAAAAUGCAAAGAGCUGCCUGGGCAUAACAAACACAAGCUUAACUGAAGAUGAAAUAUCAGUAUUGGGAAACAUGUGCUGCAUCCUGGAUGCAUCCUACAUCCUAAACUCAGAUUCAUCCAUCUUGGAAAAACUCAAAGCCUGCCCCAGCCUCACUUCUGCUCAAGCAGCUGCUGUUCAGGCUCGAAUGACUAAUGGCAACACAAGAUAUGGAGCUCCUUCAGUGUGGACUGAGCAAACUCUGAAAGACCUCGGGAUGCUGUCUCUGUAUAUGUCUUCAACCUUCUAUGAUUACUUCAACACUAAAACAAAGAACAACUACUUGAGGUACUUCCUGGGUGUUCUCAAGGAAAACAACGUGGACAGCCAGAAGAUCGGGGAGCUGAAGAGUGCAAUAAGGAUGUCCAUUCCGGAUGAGUCAAAGGAAUUUACAGCCACUGACUGCACUUUGGGUUUCAUAACCCGCGUGACUAUCGUUAAUCUAACAUUCCCCUUAAACUAUGAUAUAAGUCAGUUCACCAGCUGCCUCAAUUCCACCAUUGUGAAAGACAACUUGGAUGCCCUUGUUAGCCAGGUGCAGGAACAGAACUACACAACGAUUGUUCUCAGCAAGUUGCGACAGGCUUACAUUGCCAACAGCAUCAUCCCAGAAGAUCAGGUUCAGAUCUUAGGAGCAAUGUCCCGUAGUGCCACUAUGGCAGACAUCAACAUGUGGAGUAUUACUCAGAUCGACACACUCUCUUCUUUGAUGGAUCCUUCAAACGGACCGUGGGACCCGGUUCUGGCCAAAGCCAUCAUCUCCAAGUAUCUGAGUGUAAAGGGGAACAGUCUCAGCAGUGUGGCGCUCAACGCCAUUGGAGGACCAAACCUGUGCGCCCUGGAUGUUGUUGCUAUCAGGAACAUUUCGGUUGGAAGCAUCAAAAACACCGAUGCCCUGGACAUAUCCAGCUGCACCACUGAGAAAAAGCAAGAACUGUUUGUCCUCGCAUAUGAAGCAUUUAUCCCAGACAAACGCUCAAUCACUAUCUCUACUUCCAGUUACCAGCUCAUACAAUCUUACCUAUCGGGUGCAGAUCUUGCGUUUAUCCAAAAUUUAGUGUCUUCCAAUAUCAGUAUGGACCUCCCGACCUUCACUGGGCUGCUUCAGAGUGUUAUACAGAACCUGACUGUUAGUGAUGUUAAAGGUCUUCUUGGCACCAACCUCCUACUUUUGAAGUCGUAUGAAAAUGUGACAGUGGUGCAAACCUGGAUCAGUUCACAGUUACAGUCCGAUCUUAAUGGUCUGGGAGUGGGGCUUACAGGAGGCAAGGUUAGCCCCACCACCACCACUACAUCAGACACAUCAUCAACAACAUCGGGGACAACGUCAUUUACAACAUCGGGGCCAAAUUCAGCAACAACAUCAGAGGCAACUUCAUCGACAACAUCGGGGCCAAAUUCAGCAACAACAUCAGGGGCAACUUCAACGAUAACAUCGGGGCCAAAUUCAGUAACAACAUCAGGGGCAACUUCAACGAUAACAUCGGGGCCAAAUUCAGCAACAACAUCAGGGGCAACUUCAACGAUAACAUCGGGGCCAAAUUCAGCAACAACAUCAGGGGCAACUUCAACGAUAACAUCGGGGCCAAAUUCAGCAACAACAUCAGGGGCAACUUCAACGACAACAUCGGGGCCAAAUUCAGCAACAACAUCAGGGACAACUUCAACGAUAACAUCGGGGCCAAAUUCAUCAACAACAUCAGGGGCAACUUCAACGACAACAUCGGGGCCAAAUUCAGCAACAACAUCAGGGGCAACUUCAACGACAACAUCGGGGCCAAAUUCAUCAACAACAUCAGGGGCAACUUCAUUGACAUCAUUGGGGACAACUUCAACAACUGGAUCCAGCAGCACCACGCCAACAGAAAUCUGUAUCAGUCUGAACAGAACAGCAGUUCAGCUCAAACUCACCAGUGCGCAGACGAGCGGAAACCUCUGUGACUUGACCGUUGAUGAACUGGCUUGUGCUUCGCUGUCAACAAUAACAGCAGAGCAGCUGGCAAUGAUACUGAAGUGCAACCGCUACUCCAGCUCGAGUGGGUCCAGACCUGUCUGGAAACUUGUCCUCUCCAAAACCUCUGAGGUCCUGGACCAGGCUCUGGAUCUGCUCGUCAACACGACUCUGGACGCCAACAGCCCAGCAGUGUCCGUGAUUCUGGACACCAUACAAGAACUCCGAAUAGAUACCGUCAGCAUGGCCACCCUCAAUAAUCUAACCUUCAUCCAGACGUGGUUUGGCCGCCGCCUUCGUCCAUUUCUGCCGGCUGUUUCACCUGACUUCCUUUCAUAUAUGACCACAAGGGAACUGACUUGCAGCUCCUACCAGGCCAUUCUGCAGAUUUUGAGUCAACUCCAGCCACAAUUGACGCCUGUCAGGCGGAUGUCUGUCUACACGCACUUCAUUAAGGUUUUCCUGACCAGGAACAACAGCACAGACCCCGCCUGCAGCUCAGGCAUUGCCACCAGUGCACAAUGGCUGCAGGUGAACCUGGGAGGUUUUGCCUAUCUUGCGACGUUCCAGGACAUUCAGACGAUCUACUCCAACUUCUCUGUGAUGGAUGCCUUGUCACAGCUCACGGUCACACAGCUAGCCGAGGUGUCCGCAACACCUGGCCAGCUCACAACUUCUGAGCAAGUCAACAUGGUGAUGAAAUAUGUGCCUGACCAGUUUCUGGCUACCUUCUUUGAUAAUUUCUCACCUGUUAUCCUGGCUCAUGAAGACGCGUUCCCUUCAGUCGUGAGGUCAGCUAUGUUGCAAGUUGUGUUUGAUCGUGCAAACCUCUCCCUUCCUUUGGUGAGUGAUGAGGACGUACAGGUGUGGCUUACCUCCCGGCUGCCACCCCUGCUGGUACAACUUUCACCAGGACAAGUUGCAUCUUACUUCGGAAUACUGGCGGGAAGGAGCUGCAAUAUUGAGAAGCAGGGUGUACUGAACCUGAACAUGACUAUCUCAACACUCAGCACAGACACACAGCAGAAAAUCUAUGGUCAAAUCCUCCAGACCCUCAGAGGUCCAACACCUCUCCGCUGCUACGGUGACAGCUACAACACCAGUUUCUAUGGUUUCCUGGAGCAAUCUUUCAUGGGUUUCCAGUUUCCCAACCUCACCGCCUUCCUGUCGCUCAUGCCUCCUGACAGAAUGCAUCUGAUCAUAAAUUCCAUCCCUCCAUCAGAGCUUGGGAAUUACCUACAACGUCCUAAUGUUGUCGACAACGACGCACAGCUCUGCAUGCUCUUAAACAGCUACAGCCAGACACCACAGUUUCUAGAAACUGAGUCUCUGCCGGAUGCGGUGAGGCGCUCCAUCCUGCCCUGCGUCUGGCCCGUGGCCCUCAACAGCACCCAAACGUCGGAGGUCAACGCUUGGUUUGACCGUCGCCUCAAGAACUACUUGCCCUUCCUCACAAAGAGCCUGAUCAGUCCCAGUGUCAUAAACAGCACCUCCUGCCUGGCCUUCCAAAAACUUGUCUCAGUCCUUGGGGUAUACAACUACACUACUGCUGACUUUGUGAGGGGAGACGUGUACAACGCCAUCAGGACUUACCUUUAUGUCGGCUCAACCUCAAACCCAAAGUGUUACUUCCCCAGCAACCCACAACUGAAUUCCACAGCUUGGUUUGCUCAGUACAUCGGGUCUUUCGUCUCUUUCCUCACUCUGGAUGAUGUUGUGGCAUUUGGAUCUGAGUCGGUCAUUCAGGUCUUCACAGUGAACCUUCAGAACAUCGCUCUUUUCAACACCUCUGUCUUACCUGCAAACCUCACAAAGUACUACACCACCCUUCUAUAUCAACAGGACAGCAACUUCAACCCCUUACUCCUUCCUAUCUUGUUUCGGUGUGUCGCUCCUGGUCCAGCAUUUACCCAACUGAGUCCAAGCGACAGUAUGAUAGUUCUGAAGAAUCUCACAGUUCUCUGUACGAACCUGGACCCACAAGUCACUGCUGCUUUGGCAGGUAACUUUGGUCAGAACAUUGACUCCACAGUCAUUUCUGCCCUCGGCAACCAAAGCACCGGCAUGUCGCUGAAUCAGAUCAACUCAAUCGAACCCCAGGACUUAAUAAACUCCAUCAGCACUCUCUCCACUGUGACGGGCUGGAGCGAAGGUCAGGCCAAGGCCAUCAUCCAGUCUCUGCUGUCUUCAGCCGUGAUACAGAUCAACAACUCAUCAUCGCUGAUAAGUCUGGGCACUCUCAUCAUUGGUGUACCUUCCAGAGUGUUCUUGAGCAUCUCCGGUAAUCAGCUGAUAAGUGCCUCCCAAACUCCUUCACUGGUGGCAAACCUCCUUUCUGGUCCUCAAAUCAUCCAGCAGGUCUUUGUCAGUCAGAUCAUAUCAGUGAACACCAGCAACGUGCAAGUGAUCCAGAACGUUCCCGAUGACCUGGCCACUGAGAUCCCUCGAUCCCUGCUGGUGGACUUCUCCAGUAGCAACGACGUUAUCACCAUACUCAACAGAAAGAAAUGGAAACGGCAGCAGGCUGAAUUGUUCUUUGAGUCGUUAGCUACAGAGAGCGCCUCCGCACAGCUGGGAGGUCCAAACAAUUUGUCAUCCUCGGUGCUUCAAGGGUUCACAUGCACUGGAGUGAGGAAGAUUGGCAAUGGGCAAGUCAAGAACCUGAUCAAAGCCUGUCGGAGGUCAGGCAGCAGGAAGGUUAAUCUAGUGGAGUCUCAGCUGACCUGCAUGUACACUUACAUUAAAGACGAUGCUGCCAGCUUCAACCUCUACCCUCCAGAUGUUCUGCUGUAUUAUGAUUACUCACUGGUGCCGCAGGGCAGCUGCAGGGCCUAUUUCACAGAGCUGGGAAAUGCAAACUUCUCUGUCUUCUCUGCAGCGCUCAGCUACAAGCGCACUGCCCUGUUUGAAAAUGCAAAGAGCUGCCUGGGCAUAACAAACACAAGCUUAACUAAAGAUUCAAUAUCAGUAUUGGGAAACAUGUGCUGCAUCCUGGAUGCGUCCUACAUCCUAAACUCAGAUUCAUCCAUCUUGGAAAAACUCAAAGCCUGCCCCAGCCUCACUUCUGCUCAAGCAGCUGCUGUUCAGGCUCGAAUGAUUAAUGGCAACACAAGAUCUGGAGCUCCUUCAGUGUGGACUGAGCAAACUCUGAAAGACCUCGGGAUGCUGUCUCUGUAUAUGUCUUCAACCUUCUAUGGUUACUUCAACACUAAAACAAAGAACAACUACUUGAGGUACUUCCUGGGUGUUCUCAAGGAAAACAACGUGGACAGUCAGAAGAUCGGGGAGCUGAAGAGUGCAAUAAGGAUGUCCAUUCCGGAUGAGUCAAAGCGAUCUACAGCCACUGACUGCACUUUGGGUUUCAUAACCCGCGUGACUAUCGUUAAUCUAACAUUCCCCUUAAACUAUGAUAUAAGUCAGUUCACCAGCUGCCUCAAUUCCACCAUUGUGAAAGACAACUUGGAUGCCCUUGUUAGCCAGGUGCAGCAACAGAACUACACAACGAUUGUUCUCAGCAAGUUGCGACAGGCUUACAAUGCCAGCGGCAUCAUCCCAGAAGAUCAGGUUCAGAUCUUAGGAGCAAUGUCCCGUAGUGCCACUAUGGCAGACAUCAACAUGUGGAGUAUUAUUCAGAUCGACACACUCGCUUCUUUGAUGAAUCCUUCAAACGGACCGUGGGACCCGGUUCUGGCCAAAGCCAUCAUCUCCAAGUAUCUGAGUGUAAAGGGGAACAGUCUCAGCAGUGUGGCACUCAACACCAUUGGAGGACCAAACCUGUGUGCCCUGGAUGUUGUUGCUAUCAGGAACAUUUCGGUUGAAAGCAUCAAAAACGCCGAUGCCCUGGACAUAUCCAGCUGCACCACUGAGAAAAAGCAAGAAGUGUUCGCCCUCGCCUAUAAAGCAUUUAUCCCAGUGACCCGCUCAAUCUCUAUCUCCACUUCCACUUACCAGCUCAUACAAUCUUACCUACCGGGUGCAGAUCUUGCGUUUAUCCAAAAUUUAGUGUCUGCCAAUAUCAGUAUGGACCUCCCGACCUUCACUGGGCUGCUUCAGAGUGUUAUACAGAACCUGACUGUUAGUGAUGUUAAAGGUCUUCUUGGCACCAACCUCCCACUUUUGACGUCGUAUGAAAAUGUGACAGUGGUGAAAACCUGGAUCAGUUCACAGUUACAGUCCGAUCUUAAUGGUCUGGGAGUGGGGCUUACAGGAGGCAAGGUUAGCACCACCACCACCACUACAUCAGGCACAACAUCAACAACAACAUCAGGGACAACUUCAACAACAAAAUCAACAACUGGAUCCAACAGCACCACGGGCAAUGCUCCUCCAGUCCGAGGUGCUGGCUUCUCUUUCUUCGCUCUUCUUGUGCUCCUCAUCACUUCUCAGUAUGUUGUAAUGUAAAGACAACUUGUCUCAUGGAAGAUUAUUGGAAUAUGAAGUGUAAAAUGGUAGAUAACUGGAUAAAGGCUUGAAAUAAUCUUUUUGUUUUAAUUUAUCACUAAUAGAAGGAAAUAAUGUUAAAUAGAAGGGCAUUUGCUUCGUUCCUUGUAACGCUCGCUAUGAACAAAAUAGUGUAGGUGCAAUAAGACAAAUUGUAAAUGAUGUAUUUUUGAUUACUAAAUCUUCCUGAAACCUUUUCAUAAACUAUUUCUAAGGUCAUAUUUUUGCUUUACUUGUUUUCUAUUUUUUUAUUGUUCCAUUUAAAUGAAGAUUGUUAAAAGGGUGAGGAUUUAACAGAAAAAUGACAGGUUCGGGUGACGGGUAACAGUUUUCAUGAUAGCACUUUCUUUAUUCAGUCUUACUAUGAAAAUGUAUUUGAGAGAUUAAUAAUAAACACAUAUUAAACAGCCUUAAAACAGU